AUGCUAUUCGAAGUCAAAGGCGAAAGUGAGGAUGUCUUUGAGGGUCAAAUAUUCAUCAAAAAUCAGCGGCGUUCCGCAGACUGUUUCGUCGUCUACUCAGCCGAGGAGAAUUCGACAUCGCCCGAAUUCUCGCUGCCGUUAACUCGGCUAUCGUCUUGUGGCAUUGACAUACGAAGAAACCCAACGCGAGGUCUCGAGCUGUUCGCCGUGUUCGUUUUCGCUUUCCAUCCGUCAUUUGUGACGGCCGGUGAUCGAGCUUUCGCCGUUCAUUGUCUCUUCCAACAGGAACAAAUCACCGUAUCGGCUCGAUUCGACUUCAUCAGUGACAUCGUUCCAAAGGCAGUGCUUGGUGCGACGUCCUCGUUGCCGAAAGUCGACUUCACCAUAGUGCAGGGAAGAGUCCCGAGCGGCGCAAAAGUCGUUGGUCAAGUGCCCAUCGGCCACCCGCUCAUGCUGGUCUGGGCCCUCGGCGAAGAAUCAAAGCUCUACGGUCUACGAAUGCUCGACUGUACUGCCGAAACGCACGAUGGACGCGGAAUGAGCAUCAUCAGGGAUGGCUGCACCGUCGACAGCACGCUGAUUUCGGACAUUCGGUACUCCGAGGACCAUCGUCGUGCAUUUGCUGACGCGAUAGCGUUCAAAUUCCCUGACCUGUCGGAUGUUUGGUUCAGAUGUGUGGUGCGCUUCUGCAUAAGAAGGUCGAACCAUCUGCUUCUCACUGGGAAAUCUGAGGAACACCUCUGUGACAACACCUUAAAGUGCAGCGCGAAUUCCCGUCGACUUCGGCGGAGCGCCGCUGCAAGAGAGGACACCGCUGACGAAAAUAUCAUAAUCGUAACGGGGCGACUGACCGUCGACGACGAUCCCGUGGUCUACAACUACGCUGCCCAGGUGGCGUCGACUGAACCCUCCACGGUCUGUUUGGCGAAGGACACGAUGGCACUGGGCUCAGCGGUCUCGGUGACGGUCUGCGUUUCCACGCUGCUCACCAUAGCAUCGCUCAUCUACUCGAAAGUGAAGCUCACUCCAAGCCACUCCUGA